UACAGUGCGGUUGAAAUCCUUGGUUACUAUACACGUCGUGGCUACGAUCCAAGGUUCGUGUAACAUUUCCAAUGUUGCGGCCGCGCAAACAGUGAUCAUUAAACGCCGAAGAGGACGGAUGUGUAUUUACUUAGCAGAUACCAAGCAGAAUCCAGAGGUUUCGUAGCAGUGGAUACACGGUCAUGCUCUUGUGACUGGGCCCAUACGUCGCAGCGGCGGCACCAUGGACGACUCCCACCAAGCGUACAGUCGCUUCAACCGGCCCAACACCAUCUAUGAGGAAGCUCGUAGGUCGACGGGCGGCUCGGACGUGCUGGCGGACCUGGACAGCGACAACAGCUCGAGCAGCGUCGGAACCGGCUCGACGGGAGACCCCGGAGAGGGAGUCGUCUUCCCGCCCACCUACCUGGUGCUGUCGUUCGCGCGACACGUCCGGCCCGAGGCGCUGCGCUGGCUCGUCGACAAGAUCCGCGGCAAGCGGCGGGACGGCGGCGCCGAGCUGUUCGUGCGGAGACAGCCGCUCAGGCACGGAGAGGGCGUGACACUGCACAUCUCGGCAUCCAAGAUCAAGUUCCUGGAAGUGGCGGAGGAGCUGGAGCUGCGGAAGCGCGACUCGGCGGGCCUGAUGCGCGAGUUCCUGGUGAGCCAGCUGGAGGACUUCCUGGUGGACGGCAUGCACGUCGACGACUUGCUCACCACGGCCGACCGGCAGGCCAUCGUGCGCCACGAACUCGAGAACAUCCGUGCCCUGCCCGGCGACUCUUGUGUGCCCGGCUACCCGCAGCACCGCCUCUAUGAGGGGCAGUCCAUAGUCCAGGUGUGCUUGCACUGGGGGAUCCUGGAGAGGCUAUACCCACUACACGACCACGAGGAGCUGGACAGACUGGGCAAGCAGUGGUACCGCUCCAUCUUCCAGCAGCAGCCGUUUGAGGACAUCCGGCUGUACUUCGGCGACUCGGUGGCGCUCUACUUCAACUUCGUGAGCUUCUACACGACGGCGCUGCUGGCGCCCAUGGCGCUGGGCUUCCUGCAGCUCUUCCUGUCCUACGAGACGCUCGCCUUCUUCUGCCUCUUCAACGUCAUCUGGGUCACCGUCUUCCUAGAGAUGUGGAAGCGGCGGUGCAGCGAGCUGGCCUUCUCCUGGGGGACCAUCGACAUGACGAGCCUGGACGAGCCGCGGGCCAACUUCCGCGGCCAGAUGGCGCUGGACCCCAUCACGGGGCGCAUGCAGCCGCAGUUUCCCCGCUGGCAGACCAACCUCAGGCUGGACAGUCUGUACUGUCAUGAUGUACUUCUCUUACACGUCCAAUUUCGGUCAGAGUGGCUACUUGACUAUUUUAAAAUGUACUGCGUGUCGCUACCCAUCGUGGCGCUGUGCAUGGCGGGCGCAUUCGUGGUGAUGUUGUGCUCCUUCUGGGCAGAAGACUGGGUGAUGAGCCUGCACCGCGAGAGAGGUCUGCCGCACGCCGAGAUCUUCAUCCUGCUGCCGUCCGUCGUCUACACGGCGCUCGUCUUCGUCAUGAACGCUUACUACAGACGACUCGCCACCUACCUCACCGAGUGGGAAAACCACCGCACGCAGUCCCAAUUUGAGAGGCAUCGUGUUACUAAAUUAGUGCUUUUCGAGUUUGUUAACAACUUCAUGUCUCUCUUCUAUAUCGCGUACUACAUUCAAGAUAUGGAUUUACUCAAAUACCAAGUCGCUGUGAUGUUGAUCAUCCUACAGACAAUAAACCACUUCCAGGAGUGUUUCCUGCCGCUUAUCAUGAAGUACGGGGGUAGCAAGAUAUCGAGCUUGCUGUACGGCGACGAGCUGGCGACCAAGGAGUCGAUGAAGAAGGUGGCGCCGGCGACGGCGUCCGAGUUCGCGGCGGUGUCUGAGGUGCUGCACGACGUGCCCGAGCUGGACGCAGACGACCCGCGAGUCCAGCAGGCGCGGGAGGAGGGCCUCAUGGAGCCCUACGAGGGCACGUACGACGACUACCUGGAGAUGUUCGUGCAGUUCGGCUACGUGUUCCUGUUCUCGUCGGCGUACCCCAUCGCCGCCUUCUGGGCCGUCUUCAACAACGUCAUCGAGAUCCGCGCCGACGCCUUCAAGCUGUGUCGCGUCUACCAGAGGCCGAUGGCCCGCAGAGUCAAGGACAUCGGCGCCUGGCAGCGCGCGUUUGAGGCGGUGGGGGCGAUGUCGGUGAUGACGAACUGCGGCCUGCUGUCGCUGUCGCCGCAGCUGCGUGGCCUGGCGCCCGAGCUGUCGUCUGUGGAGUGGCUGCUGCUGUUCGUGAUGCUGGAGCACGGCCUGCUGGCCGUGCGCUACGUGCUGCACCAGGUCAUCCCGGAGCGGCCCAUGUCGGUGCGCGUCGCGCUCGCGCGCCUCAACUACCUGUCCAAGCAGGCGCUCAAGCACGAGCGGAUGCUGAAGACGCGGCGGCACGCGCUCACAAGGAAGUACCGCACCAUCCACGGUCCGCACAACCGCAACCAGUAGCGAGCCUGGAUCUACAAUCUACAGCAGUCUACAUUCUGCAGGCGCCAGCCGCGACCGCGGUCUCUCUGACGUCACCGCAGUCGCCACCUGUCAUGCCUUGGCCGUGCUCACUUUUGUACUCUUGUUGACAUUUUUACAUUGUUACUUAAUUUAUAUAACACGUUUGAUGAUAUUGUUCCUCUCUGGUUGAAAAAUAAAUAUUUAUGUUUGUA